CCUAUGAAAUCCAGUUCUACUGUCUCAGUGGUCGAGUGCACGUCAACCGCCGGCUGUCACUGAGAGCUACUAUAAAAGACUGGAGUAUCGAUCUGCAAAGCUUCACACUAACUUGUUUUCACUGACUUGUUCGCGUCUUUCCUUCGUUUAAUCCUUUCGGAACCGAGAGUAACUUUGCCCUUACUCUCCUCGCUAACUCACCCAGUCGACCAUUCUUCAUUAUCUGUCCCUCUCCUUCGCUCGUUUUACUCCCCUCGCUCAUCUCCCCCAUCAUCCAUCGACAAUAUGUUCAUCAAACCUCUCCUCUUCACCGCUCUCACCUUCACUGCUCUCUCUGAAGCGAUACCCUUACUCCCCAGGACCACUUACACCGGUGACGUUACCUACUACACUCCCGGACUCGGAGCUUGCGGCUUAGUCAACACUUCAGCUCAAUUGGUCGCAGCUAUCGGACACAUAGCCUUCGAUUCUUACCCAGGCGCAACCGCCAACCCUAACACUAACCCUAUCUGCGGGAAGAAAGUCACCGCCUCCUAUGGUGGACAUAGUGUCACAGUUGAAAUCGUAGACCGUUGCGUUGGAUGCGCGGGUGAAUAUGAUCUGGACCUCAGCUCGACCGCUUUCAGCGAAUUGGCACCCUUAUCAGUCGGUCGCCUGACAGGGGUCACUUGGGAAUACGUUGCUUAGGCCCUUCUUAGUAUGCCUGUACAUAGAAUAAAUCUUAGAGGAACGCGACUGCUUUUUAUGUAAAAUAGUAAUCACUGUGGGGAUGAGCCAAUGUCUUCGCGGUGAAAAUGUAGAGAAAAUGCAAGGAUUUUUACCAAAAUUCAUCAAAAA